AUGGCCACCAACUGGGGCAACUACACCGACUACACCGGUCCAUCACGAGUUGCUGGGACAGCUACCCAUGUACUAGAUGCCCGUCUAAACCUGCUCACCACCCUAGUGCCAGCGAUCUUCACCGCGAAGACCUGCCUAGACAUUGGCUGCAACGCUGGUAAUGUUGCGUGCCAACUUGUCUUCGACUAUCAUGCAUCAUCAGUCACUGGCGUCGACAUCGAUCCAAAGCUAGUGGCCCAGGCCGAAAAACUCCUGGCGCUGCGCUCUUCACGUGCUCGCCCUCCCACUGGACACACGCAGCACCUCGUGGACUACUACCCAAUAUCCGCGCUCUUGAACCACGGUUACCGCAUCGAGCCAAAGAACAAGGUCUCUCGCAUCUCGUCACCCGCGGCGACAACUUCAGAUUGGCCUUCCGUCCAUUUUGUCUCCGCAGAUUGGGUUGCAUCGGCAGACCGGGCAAUCUCUGGCCCAUACGACGUGAUUCUGGCCCUCAGUGUGAUCAAGUGGAUUCAUCUAGAACACCUCGAUGAGGGGUUGAUGUCAUUCUUCAAGAAAUGUGCAGAUAGCCUCCAUUCAGGCGGAUAUCUGGUGAUUGAACUGCAGACCUGGGACUCCUAUGCAAAAGCCGUGCUCCCGCAUCAUUCGCCGCACUUCGGGGAGAAUAUGAAGAAACUCGUCUACCGGCCAGAAACAUCGUUCGAUGGUUUGCUCGCGGAACAUCACCUGAAACUCUGCGCUUCGUCCACCGAGCUUCCCCGGCGCAUCAAUGUCUAUCGUAAAGACUGA